AUGGCUAGUGCCUCGUUGUAUAUUUCUGAUGCUGAAUCAAAUUCUGUGAUUCAUUCUUAUGUUACUCGUUUGAAUGCUUUUGAGGAGAAUCCUCGUGUUGAAGAGAUGUUGAGUCCCACUGAGGUUAAGGAAGAGCUACUGGACAAGGUGUUGACUCCUGUUGAGGUUAAGCUGAGAGCUCGCCGGUUUCGGCGAGGUCUCUCUGUUGAGGUUAGCCCGAGAGCUCGCCGAUUCCACCAAGAUCUCUCCUUAGUGAGGUCUCGACUUGGCAAGGUCUCCCCUUGGCAAGAAAGUCGAGAUACGAGUUUAAGUGUUUCGAGAAACUCCAACAUCGUUGUCGAGGAGGGCGCCGCCAAGGAGGGAGCCGAGAAGGUUGUUCCUUAG